AUGUCAGCUUCUGAACCCGAGAAUGGCGAGCUUGUCAAGCCGACUGGAAUCGAGGUGGUUGUGGUCGGUGCUGGAUUCGGCGGUUUGACUGCUGCGAUUGAGUGUCAUCGCCAGGGACAUAGUGUGGAAAUUUAUGAGUCCUUUCCUGAGCUCAAGUCGCUGGGAGACAUCAUCUCCUUCGGACCCAACGCCGGCCGAAUCUUUCGUCGCUGGUCUGACGGCGCCAUUGCAGAGCGUCUGAGACCACUCAGCAUCAAUUUGGAGAAUCAUGGCUUCAAAAUUCAUAAAUGGACGGGUGAACUCGUUCAUACGCAGCCUACUCCCAAAUACGAUCCAACAUCGCCUGCCUUCAACGGUCACCGAGGGGAAUUGCACACAAUUAUCUUCAAUUAUGCCAAAGACGAACUGGGUAUCCCGAUUCAUCUCGGUCAGAGAGUGAUUGAGUAUUUCGAGGAUGAGGAUCAAGCUGAAAUUGUUCUCGAAAGUGGCCAGAGAGUUACUGCAGAUAUGGUGGUCGGCGCAGAUGGGGUCCGCUCUAAGGCACGACAGCUCGUGCUGGGCUACAACGACAAGCCCAAGUCCAGUGGAUACGCUGUAUUCCGAGCAUGGUUCUCCAACAAGGACAUGAUCCGUGACCCACGCACAAAGCAUUUCUGCGAAAACGGCGAUACAUUCAACGGUUGGAUCGGACCCGAUGUCCACUUCCUAUUCUCUACCAUCAAGAAUGGACAAGACUGCUGCUGGGUCUUAACACACAAAGAUGAAGCCGACAUCGAAGAAUCAUGGUCCUUCCCCGGCAACCUCGAAGACGUAUACAAAGUAAUCGAGGGUUGGGACCCAAUCUGCAAGGCCAUCGUAGAAAAAACACCCUCGGUCGUUGACUGGAAACUUGUCUACCGCGACCCUCUCCCUCGAUGGGUAAGCGACCACGGCCGAAUCGCCCUUCUCGGUGACUCGGCACACCCGUUUCUUCCAACGUCCGCCCAAGGUGCGACACAGGCAAUGGAAGAUGGAGUGGUGCUGGCUGUGUGUCUGAAGCGGGGUGGUAAGGAUAAUGUGCCAGCCUCCGUGCGGGCUUAUCAAGACAUUCGGUAUGAGCGCGUGAGAGCAGUGCAAAAGACAGGUGAGACUACGAGAGAUAUGUGGCAUAAGGCGGAUUGGGAUGAGGUUUCUAAGGAUCCGGAGUCUAUUCAGCUUCCGAGGGAGGAUUGGAUUUUCAGGUUCGAUGCGGAGAAGAAUGCGGAGGAGAGGUUUGGGAAGUUGGUGGAAGUGAAUUAA